AUGUCCGCCCGCGGGGACGACGCGUCUCGGCCGCGAUACCUUUUCCACCACCUCCCUCAGAAAAACUUCCCCUCCCUGGAAAGCAGGGAGAACCGGGACCGCCUGGCCCAAUGGUCCAUGGAUGGCAGAAUCACAGCACAGGCAUUCAGCUUUGAUCAGAAUUUCAAAGGCUAUCAACAGGAAGAUUUUCUUAUGGACUUUUUAAAUCACCCAGAUGUUAACAGCAAUUUGAAAAAGCUUUCAGCCUCUGGACAGUGGACUACGUUAAAUACCAGCGUGAACAAAGUUGAAGUGAAGAAUAUUCUGUGUACCGAAGUCUCCAUGUCGUUCUUUGACCGAUUGUUCUGUGAAGGGGUUGUUCGAGAAAACGGAUAUAUUGUCAAGUGUUUUGACGAAUACUGUGAUGAGAUGCUAAUCGCUGAUGAGCUAAGGAAGGUACUUCUUUUGGAAGAUUCAGAUCACUACGAUUUAUUCAGCCGUUCUGAUCGUGAGGAGUUUCUCUUCUGUCUUUUUAAGCAUCUUUGCCUUGGAGGAACUCUUUGUCAAUAUGAAGACGAUCUUGGUCCGUACUUAGAAACAACAAAAGCUUUAUAUAAAGAUCUAGUGAGUGUUCAAAAGGAUCCUGAAACUAAAGAAAUAAAUAUAAUAUCUACUGUUUUCAAAGUCUCUGCCUACGAUGUUCAUGGCCUUUGUUAUCCUUCGUCCAUUAGCCACGAGCAAACAUUUGCCUACUUGAUCGUCAAUCCUUUGAAACGCCAUGUCUAUGUUUUGUACCACUCUUUUGGCACACGUUUCUUCUGCAAUUGA